AUGAAGCAGUGGACCGGAUCUGUCCGGAUCCUCGCUCGUGAGCGCUCGGCGAACAUUUACAGGUUCCACGUGACACCCCGAGAGGACACCCCAUCUGGGCAGUGUGGGGGCCGCAUUCUGCAGGACGGUGGCACAGCGCGGGGCGAGCGGGAGGAUGCACCUGUGCUCCAGAGCCUCAUCUCUGCCCCGGCCCAGCUGCCUCAGGAUGUAGUCGGUGGCUUCUCCAAGGGAGCACAGGCAGCAGAAGAUCCAGCCAGAUCCGAAGUCCAGGGACUGAGGGAAUGAGUGCAACUGUUGAAUGGGCCUGAAUGGCUCUCCAACCGACGGUGGCUGAACCCAAAUGUGCUGUCCCCAAAGGCAGUGCAAAAGUUCCUCCCCAUGGUGGACACAGUGGCAAGAGACUUCUCAGAGGCUCUGAAGGAGAAGGUGCGACAGAGUGCCCAGGGGAGUUGGACCAUAGACAUUCAGCCCAGCAUCUACAAGUAUACUGUGGAAGUCAGCAAUUUUUCACUAUUUGGAGAAAGACUGGACCUCGUUGGACAUAACUCCAGCUCUCAUAGCCUGAAAUUUACCCAGGCCAUGAAUGCCAUAUUCAAAACCACAGCACAGUUGAUGUUCCUGCCGAGAAGUCUGUCCCAAUGGAUAAGAAGGCAAGUGUGGAAGGAGAACUUUGAAGCCUGGGACUACAUCUCUGAGUAUGCUGAAGAUCACAUCCAGAAGAGAUAUGAGGAGCUUGCUCGAGGUUGCUCUCAGUACAACAGCAUUGUGGCAAAUCUGCUGCUUCAGGGAAAUUUACCACUAUGUGCCAUGAAAGCCAACACUCUGGACCUCAUCGCAGGGAGUGUGGACACGACAGCCUUACCAUUGAUGAUGACACUCUUUGAGUUGGCCAGGAAUCCUACCAUGCAGCAGGCCAUGCGACAGGAGAGCAUGGCUACUGAAUCCAGUAUUUAUGAGAAUCCCCAGAGACUCAGAAUGGAACUCCCCCUUCUGUGGACAGCCAUCAAGGAGACCCUGAGGCUGUACUCUGUUGCUUCGUCUCUGAACAGAACCCUCACCUCACCCUUGGUGCUUCAGAACUACCACAUCCCAGCAGGGACUUUGGUGCAUUUUUCUCUGUACUCCAUGGGCCGAGACCCUGAGGUAUUCCUGAGUCCACAGCAAUAUAACCCACAGUGCUGGCUGGAGAGGAGGGGGACCUACAAGCACCUGACCUUUGGAUUUGGGGUUCGCCAGUGUGUUGGAUGGCACAUAGCAGAAGUGGAGAUGCUGCUGUUUCUCCAUCAUGGGCUGAAGUCCUUCUGUGUGGAGACAGCAUACCAAGAGGAUGUGAAGUUCGCCUACCGGUAUAUUAUGAUACCCACCUCUGCACCCCUCCUCACUUUCAUGCCUGUGAGCUAA